AUGAAUAAUAAAAAAGUUUUAGAGUUAGUAUCAAAAAUAUUGAUUUUUAAAACUGAGCAUUGCUAACAUAAACAUUCAUGUAUUAGAAAUACUUUCCAAGGUGCAAGUGAAGCAUUCAUUAAGGCAUUUAUUGCUAAAUUAUGUUUGAAUGGAUUAAUGUUAUUAUUAAGUUUAAAGAAGGUGAUGAAAUCAGAUAAAAAAUUAUUAAAUGCUUUCAAAAUUCUACUAAAUAAGUAUGAAUAAAUUAAUAUAAAGAACUAAUUUUCAAUUGGGAUUGUUUAUGGGAUUAUAAACAUUCUUACUUAAAGGUACAUAAUGUUCAUUAAGAACAAUAAGAAAUAAAGAGGAUGGAAUCAAUGCACUCUUGGCUGGAUUCAUUGCUGGAGGUUUAAGCUAUAUGACACAAGAGGAAAAUGUUAAAUAUUUAGUCAGAGUGUAUUUAUUUGGUAGAGCAGUUGAUUGCAUCUAUUAAUCUUAAGUUGAAAAGUACUAUUAACAUUUUUAUUAUUCAUAGAGGACGAUUCAAACAUAGAAAAAUUAUACCUGUUUUAGUAUUUGCUUUAAUGUCCACAUUGAUUUCAUUCGCAUUCUUUUUUGAACCUGAGAUUUUACCAUUGGAUACAUAUAAAAUGUAUUAAAAUUUCUCAGGUGCUGAAAUGAAUGAUUCAUUAUGGCAUAUGUGCAAUGUCUAAGCAUGGAGAAAUAAAAUUAAUGCAGUUAAAUCCUCAUGA